CGUUGAUCCCACGGAUGUGAAGUCGCUCUUGGCUCGCGCAAAACAAGUUCCCAAGAAAUUGAGCAACUUUGAAGUGAUGCAGGCGGCCUUGGGGUGUCCAGGAAUUCUCGGCCGCGAUGUGGAUUGCUGUGUGGAUGCACAGGUUGCCGAAGCGGUACAGAAAAAGAUCAGUUUCCAGGGCCAGCCGCGAAGUCGCUUUCCCUUGUAUGCCAGACCCGUGGUAGAGAAGUGUAUCCGCGAAUUGGCGGGCGAGCUGGAGGGCGUAAUCUAUCCAACGAUGAUGGAGGUUGCGUGUCUACAUGACGGACAAACGUUUGAC